AUGGGUCCAAGAAGCCUCCACUUUGCUGACUGGGGGGCGAUAGGGGUCAGGCAGGAGACCCCCGCCCCGGUGCCCUCGUCGCCCUGCGCUCCGGCCUCCGACUUCCGCGGCUGUUCUGGGCUCCGAGCCGAGUGGGCAGGGUUUGCCUCCCCCUCCCCGCCUCCGGGCCGCCUCCUCCACCCCCGGCGGAGUCUCUGCACCUCCUCGCCGAGGGAGGCGGGGUGGGAGGCUCCGGAGCAGCAAGGCUUAGGGCCGCUGUGCUCUCUAGUUCCCGAGCUGCUAAGAAGUUUGGCUCCCCGAGCUCUGACUUGCUUCUUUCCCCACCCCCUACGUUUAGGCAGGUUCUUUCCCUCCUCCCGCCUGGCACGUAUGGGCGGGGCCCGGAGGGCUGACCUGGCAGAACUGGGAAGCUCAAGACCUGAUUUAAAGAGACAGACUCCGGAGCGUUCCUGGUCUCGGCAUGAAUUAUUCAGGUGCUCCAAAAAUGAGGGACCAGAAUCAUCUGCCUCCUUGGCUGUACUGCAUGGAGACCUUCUGCCUUCAGCCCUUAAGGAAUUGAAGCUCACUGCCAAGGCCGGUGCUCCCUCUCAGGUUUUCAUGGCAGCUGACUUCUGGUUGCUGCUCACUGCUCCCCCUGCAAGGCAAAGGGGCUUCAGGGCAGCAGGCAGCCUUCAUUAAUUGGUGCUGAACCCCUCAUUUGGGGAAGAGAAGCCUACAAAGAACCUACAGCCAUUGAGCAAGGGAACCCAUGUUCUCUGGAAGAAGAGCCCUCUCUCCGGGAGUCGUGUACAGUAGGUGUUUUAAUAAAUGCAUGUCCACUUGAGGCUGAGGCUGUUUGUGCCCUGA